AUGGCAAAAGUCGCCUUGAUGAAGCGCGCCCUCCUUUGGUCAGCCCUGCUCUGUUUUAACGGUUACUACUUUUUGAAAUUGCCAAGGAGUUCGUCUUAUUCCUUCCUGACCAGCAGCAAUAUCGUCGGGAAGAAGGUUAAAAAUCCAGAGGAACCAAACCGAAGCAAGAGGCUGAAAUGCAGAGUGGAAGGCAUAGAGUACACAGUCCGCAAUGUAGACCAAUCGAUCGAGUUUUACAAAAAUGUGCUGGGUUUUCAAGUGAGAGAGAAGGGUGACGAUUUCGUGAAAAUGGCCUUAGGCCCGGAAGAGGCUUAUAUAAAGCUAGUGCAAAAGGGGGAGCAGCAGGACAUAACUAUAGGAGAGCACUGCUUCCUGGGCCUGGGCGUAAACAUGGAAGAGUUCCAAAUAAGCAAAACGAAAAUAUACGGAGGGAACGUGGAGGACGGGAUAGACAAAAGGCCUAUCACGGCGUGCAUACUCCCGGACGAGGACGUAGGAGGAGAAAGCUUCUGCACGGGGGCUAUCCAUGCGCAAAUUAGGCGGUUCUCAACAAACUGCUUCGUGACGGACCCGGACGGCUACGGAAUCGAGGUGGUGCUGCAGGGGAAAGGCAGUAAACUGGACAGGAUACGCUUCUUUACCACGUCGACGAAGGAUUCGCAAAAGUUUUACUCGGACAUUUUAGGAAUGGAGCUGAUAAGGAUACAAAGCCACUUGGAAGAAAUUUCAUACCCCUGGAGUGUAUACGGAGGGAUGAGCUAUUUCUUCUCUUCUGGAAGGAACGCGACGGUGCUGCAGAUGGCGUAUGCCUACGAUGAGGAUAAGCUACACAUGGGUAAUUCCCUGGGAAAUUUAAUUUUGAGUUUCAACGACUUGGCCCCCGUGGAGAAGAGGCUGCGGGAAAAUGGUAUACAGCUGGAGGAGUCGCACAACGGCUGGGUGGUCAAGGAUCUGGACGGGUACAGCGUUCGUUUGAAGAGCGACAAGUGA